AUGAAAUUGUUUUAUUCGAUUUUAUUUUUUAUAAUUUUAAUGAUAAUCAACGCAGAACGUGAGCAGGUGCAGCACGGUGCAGCAAGUGCUAAAUUUCGCUCUGAGCAUAUCUCACAUGGAAGGCAUAAUCUGGAAUCGGAUCAUCAAGCAGUCUUAGGAUCUAAGAAAAUGGCGAGUGAAUUUGAUGAAUUACCUCAAGAUGAAUCAAAAAGGCGACUUGCAGUUAUUGCUCAUCGGAUGGACACAAAUGGUGAUAAUUUCAUCGAUGAAUUUGAGCUUAGCGACUGGAUACAUAGGUCAAUGUUAUCAGUAGAUAAGGAAGAAACAGAUGAACGAUUUGUUGAGAUGGAUUCGAAUAGAGAUGGAUUUAUAACUUGGGAAGAAUAUAUUGGUGAUGCUUAUGGUGAUUUGAGUGUUUAUUUUAAGAUGGAUGUAGAAGAUGAACGUUUAAUGCGCGAAGAUAAAAGUUAUUUUGAAGCGGCCGAUCGAAAUCAUGAUGGAAAAUUAUCGGCUGAAGAGUUCGACUCCUUUAAUAAUCCGGAAAAUCAUGAAUUCAUGCAUGAUACUCUCAUUAAAAUGACGCUGGCUGAUAAAGAUGCAAAUAAUGAUGGAAAAAUCGAUCUUUAUGAAUUUCUCGGUGAAACUCGUAUAGAUUCGAAUUCUGAGUGGUACGUAGUUGAAAAAAAUCGCUUUGAAAACGAUUAUGAUGUAGAUAAAAAUGGUUUUCUUGAAGGAGUCGAAAUUACAAAUUGGUUAAUUCCUGAUUUAAGGGCUACCGCUCAACAGGAAGCUGAACAUUUGAUCUCUAAUACUGAUAAAAAUGGUGAUGGUCGUUUAACGAUUGAUGAAAUCGUUGCUGAAUAUGCGUUAUUUGUUGGUUCAGAAGCGACAAAUUAUGGAGAGAAACUCAAUGAAGUAAGCCAUGAUGAACUUUGA